UAAGUUGAGGACUGCCUGUAAUGCCAAGAAAUAAUCUAGGUAAGUCACUGCAAUUUCAAUGAAGUCUUUGAAACUUUGCAUGAGGGUUGGCUAGCCUUUUAUCCUGGGAUGAAUGACGGGCAUUAUCCUCCUGACCGACUUACAGAAACGCUCUGGGAAGUAGAAUUGCCCAGUCCUGCAAACAGAAAGUUGGAUUUAGCUAGAAUAGAUCAUAAUUCCCUCCCCCAGGAGAGCAGGUUUCAAUGGCUGAAGCUACAGUUUCUCUGGGAUGGUCACUUGCAUUCCUGGGUUUUGAAAAAAUAUCCCACACUUUCUGUUUUUACCUGCAUGAGCUUGCUGAUUUGCAUCACUUUUAGCUUAACUGCAGCCUACUUAAAUGGUAAUUAUAAUAACGGAUGGAUGGAUGGAUUACAUUUAUGGAUGGAUGUACAAGGGCAUACAAAUUUAGUAAAUUAAUAAGACGGAUGGAUCAUGUGCCAUCAAGUCCUGGUUGACUCUUAGUAACCAUAUGGAUGGAUUUCCUCCAUGACAUCUGUCCUUAAUGGUCUUCUAAUAUGUCUCCAUCACCGUAACUGAAUCCAUCCACCUAUUGCUGAUCAGCCUCUUCUUUUCUUUCUUUCCCCUUUUCCAGCAUUAGAGCCUUCUCCAGAGAGCUGGGUUGUCACGUAAGGGGUUUCAAAGUAGGAACAUUUUGUACCUGGUGAUUUGUGCCUUGCUUGAAAAUUCUGGGUUGAUUUGUUUGAUGAUCCAUUGGUUUGCUUUCUUGGUUCUCCUUUGUUUUCUCAGGAGUCUUCUCCAACACCAAAGUUCAAAAUAAUAAAGUUUUCGUAUCCAAGUCCAGUAAUAACAAAAGAUAAAUGUAAAUACUAAAUCCCAGGAGGUAGGAAUUAGAAGGGAUCCUAUAGUUCAUCUAAUUCCCUCCCCCCUCUGUGCCUCAUUUUAUUGUACAGCUUAUAUUAUAGAAUGUCAUACAGAAACACACAUAGUGAAAACACAGAAAAAUCGUUCACACAAUACUGUAUCAUACAAAAUCAAUACAUUUACGUAUGUAUUGUUUUCUCAUGGUUUGAUCAUGCUUCCUGGAAAAAAAAAGUCAAUUUUAGUCUGUUUCUUAUUCUUUUUAUGAAGGUAAGUGAAGAAAUCACUCAGCAUAUCUAGGCAUUUUUCCACUGCAAAUGACUAUCUGCAAUUUCUGGGUCCUCCUCACUUAAUUCUUCUGCUUCAUCAGUUGCUUUCAGCACUUUUCCUCUGGGUUGUACCUCAGUCAAUACUGAUUGGAAAAUUGCUUCUGGGUCAGGGAUAGGGUUGGGGUUUUGCAUUUUAGCAAUGACCCACUGCAGAAGCUGGGCUUGGUAGUGAAUUUUGAAUAUUUUGAUUAUGCCUUGGUCAAGAGAUUGAAUAUUUGAUGUAGUGUUUGGAGGCAAAAAUUUAAGUUUCAUAUUUUUAAGAUGGUUCACCUGGGGAUGGCUUAGGACAGUUGUCCACUACAAGGAGAAUAGAUUGUUUCUUCUUUUUCAUUUUUCGAUCAAUACUCAAAUAGGUCAUCCAUUCAGAUUUGUUAGAUUUCCAGGUGAUGGGAAAAUCUUUGGGCUGUAGGUCCUUGAAUGAGUGGCUUUGCCGAUUUAUCAAUCACCAAAAGUUUUAGCUUCUCUCCGGUCAAGCUAGCACAUAGCAAAACUGAAACAUUUUUUAGAAAGUUUUCCACUCUUAACAUUUGUCACCCCUCAUAACAAGGCUUCUGUCAGGCAUCGCCUUGAAAAAGAGUCCACACUCAGCAACAUUAAAGAUGUCAUCUUUACUGCCGAAUCAAAGUCAAAAAUAUUGUAUUCUUUGAUAUUCUUCUUGAAAAAAUUCAUUGCUACCAAUUUCACUUUCUUGCUCUUGGUGCAGAUUAGACUCAACUGGUCAGGUUGCAGAGAGCAAAUGAAUACCAUGUUUCAAGGUCCAGGUGGUCAAGAUACAACUUACAGAGGUGGUCAGUAAAGAGAGGUUGGUUUGUGUACAUAUAGUGUAUAUAUGGUCUGUGAAAAUUAGGACAACUUAGGGAGAUGGUCAAUGUAGGGAGAUGGUCAACUAUGAUGGUUUUACUGUAGUUUUUUCCCCAUGCCAUCACUCUGCUGAACACUUAAUUCCUACAGCACUGUCUCAUUUCUCCUCUGUCUAAUCUUCUAGUCUUUCUUAUUAUCUUCUCCUAUUGGAGAAUAUUUAUCCAUUGUUGUUUGUAAUUUAUGAUUAAUGAUUGUAACUGUGAUUUAUAACCUAUGACCUAUUACUUGCUGUUUAUAUGUACAAUGUGAACUUCUGCACCGGAGACAAAUUCCUUGUGUGUCCAAUCACACUUGGCCAAUAAAGAAUUCUGUUCUAUCCUGUUCUUAAUAAACAUAGCAUGCAAAAACAAAGCUGGAAUUUCAACCCUUCAUGGAUAGAAGGCACCAAUUUUGCUGAGUGUGUCAUGAGAUAAUUGCAUUAUUUUAAUAAGGGAAAUGCUGGACUUGCAAAGCUGAUGUGUACAAGCAACCUCUACCAUGACAUGCAUUUUUGUGGUUUUAAUGAUUAUGGCAUUAAAAAUAACAAACACAAUAAUUUCUUCCCUUUUGUUCAUCUAGAUUAUAAUUUAAUUAUUAGAUUUUUAUCCCACCCUUAAUUAUUUUAUAAAUAACUCAAAGCAGCAAAUAUGCCUCACAUUCCUUCUUCCUCCUAUUUUCCCCAGAACAACACUUUGGGAGAAGGAUUGAGCUGAGACAGAGUGACUGGCCCAAAAUCACCCAGCCGGCUUUUGUGCCUAAGGCAGGAUUAGAACCCACUUCUCCUGGUUUAAACACUUUCUAAAAGUACAGCUGAAAAGAAUUUGAAUUAUAAAGCAGCACUAGACAAAACAGUUAUUUGAACUUGUUAAAAAGCACCACCAUAAGCCUCUUUGUACUCUCUUUCAUUCCUUCUAUCUAUUCAGCAGUUUAUUUGAGUCUUAUAUUCAAUAUGUAAGUUGGGCGUAGGUGUGUGUAUACGGGGUGUAUGUGUACGUACAUUUGUGAUAUGUGUGUGUAUCAUCAUUCGUCAUCAUUUUAGCCAUUGUCUCUCCACUCCAGGAUGAAGUGAAACGUCUUCAAAGAAAAAAGCACUUUUGGGACCACCAUACCUGGAUAACCGAGAAUCUCCAUAGAUAUUCAGCUUCAUAAAAUCAGCUCUUCAAUAAGAAUUCAGAUGACGGAUUCAGAUCCUCAGUCGCAUAUUCUAUGAAUGUGUCUGAAGAGAACUGAGGCUAUGGUGACCGAAAGUGAAAUAGAGAAGAAUCCAUUUACUGACAAUAUUACCCUCUUAGCCGAAAAGCUGAAACAAAUCUCCUUGGAUUGUCCUGGCCAGUUCAAUAUUCACUCGUUGAAGAUCUCUUCUCAAUUUGGUUGUCUCAGACAGCAUUCUUUGACCAACUCUCACCAAGUAAUCCAUAUCCAAAGUUUGAAUUAUGCUCCUGAACGGUCAGAGAAGACAAUGAUAAAAAUUCAGAUGCCUGGAAUCCAAAUGCCAAUUGGUGAUCCACUGCCUAUUCCAAUCCCCAAGCUUUCAAUAGGUCCUUUGUCAGACAUAUCAAGAGAAAAAUGCAAGCAGUCUGCCAUAAGAUCUAAAGGUGCUACUAUUGAGUCAGAGAAGAAAGAAGCAUUUCUAUUUUAUGUUCUUUCUGUUGUCAUGUUACCACUCACUGGAUCUGAAGGCAGAAAAAUCUUGGAGAGAAACACAGAUCUUGGAAGAAACUGGACAUCUCAAUCUUCCUGCCUCCCAAUUAUUCCAUUGUAUGUUCAGAAACAUUGCUAAAAAUGAAGGCAGAGAUGCUACCUUCUCUUUCCAGAAUCGACUAAUCUCAAGCAAAGCAUAAGCACAAGAGUAGCCACCUUUUAUUGCCCUGCUAACUUACAAGCCACCAUCUAUGAUGUAGGUUUAGCAUUCUUUCGUGUGCAGAAGAUCUGAAAAAGCCAGAUUAUGUAGCUGGAGUGUAAGAAAUUAAGCUAGAUAUACUAAAAAAUUAGAUCAGAUACAUAAAAUCUAUUAGGCAUUACUGAGAAGUAAGAUGUGCUGUGUAAGCAAUAAAAAGUAAUAUUGCAAUCAAA